AUGGACUCCCUGGCGCAAAAGCGCAGCAGCUUUUCCGCCAUGCGACGGCGAAAACGUCAGUUUUUGUUCCGCCCUGCAGCAACCCACUCGGGCCUUUACUUACUGGCCUCGCAGCAGUAA